UAGAAAAGACAGUGCUGUUAGCGCUAUAGGAAACAAUUCGGAUAUCAAUUGAAAUAUCGGCAAUAUUUAAUUCGUUUAUUCCAUAUAACAUUUCUGUUAUUUCUUAUAGAACUAAUUUGUCAAAUUAAUAUAUUUCAUCUAAAACAACGACCUAUGUAUAUUCCCUAACUAUGAGUCUUUAUUUUUGAAAUACUGAGUUUUAAGUGAAAUAAAAUUUUUCUGAAUAUUUGAAGUAGGUAAUGUAGAUCGAGGUCAUUCCAACUAACCUAAUUGUAUUUAAUGUAAACAAUCAAAAAUGAGAAAGAAAUUCAUAACAUGUUCUAAAGAUUUAUUGAUUGAAAAUGAUAAAUUGAGUACUAGUAAUUCUGAAAUUGACAGACUCUUGAGGGGAGGAUUUCGAAGCCAUAUAUUGAAUGAAAUAGUUGGAACGGGGGGAGCAGCUGCUGUUUAUAUUUGUACGGAAGAUGUGUUUCCAAUUAAGAGGUUAUACGAGCUUAGUACUUCGUUCGAUCAAAAAUUUGGAAUUGGAAACUUCUUGGACAAUGUUUUUAUAAGUCACAUUUCAGAUUGUCAAAAACUAAAAGCCUUUUUACGCUUAGAUGUGAAAUAUCUAGCGAAAUUCAGGGAUAUUGGUCUUAUAAUUAUUGAUUCAAUUGGUGGUCUUUUCCGUAGUGAUAAUUUGGAUAUAGACUACAGUGAUCGUAGCAAAAAUUUCAUUGAAAUAGCAGCAGAAUUGAGACAAUUGAGUGUAAAAUUCAACUGUAUUACUAUAUGUUGCAACCAGAUGACGGAUGAUAUAUCUUCUGGAUGUUCAGAGCCUUGCUUGGGUUUAGCAUGGAGCAACUUAGUAAACAGUAGAUUUCUUAUAACAAGAUCUAACCUUUCAUCUUCAAGGACUUUUCAAACUUUGUUUUCUCCUGAUUUGCCAACUUCAAGAUGCAACUUUUCUAUUACAAAAAAUGGUAUCACAUGAGUUUUCAGAUGAAACAUGUAUUGAUUUUUUUCAAAAUAAAGUUUUAUUUUUAA